CUUCCUUUGCUCCCGCCGGGCUGGGUUUUCGCACGAGCGCAGAUCGAGGAGCGUGGAGGGCGGCGAGUGGCGAAGCCGGAAUGGCUGGAGUAGAGAGAGGAGGGGGAGGCGGGUCCGGAGUACCUGAGAGUCGGGAACAUCUCUUUAAGGUUUUAGUCAUCGGGGAGCUGGGUGUCGGCAAAACAAGCAUCAUCAAGCGCUACGUCCACCAGCUCUUCUCCCAGCACUACCGGGCUACCAUCGGGGUGGAUUUCGCUCUCAAAGUCCUCAACUGGGAUAGCAGGACUCUGGUCAGGUUGCAGCUCUGGGACAUCGCAGGUCAAGAACGCUUUGGAAAUAUGACCAGAGUAUACUAUAAAGAAGCUGUGGGAGCUUUUGUAGUUUUCGAUGUCACCAGAGGAUCAACAUUUGAGGCAGUUUCCAAGUGGAAACAUGACUUGGACAGUAAAGUAAUGCUCCCCAAUGGCAGCCCAAUCCCAACCAUUCUACUUGCCAAUAAAUGUGACCAGAAGAAAGACAGUAGUCAAAAUCCUUCUCCUUCUCAGAUGAAUCAGUUCUGCAAAGAGGGGGGCUUUGCUGGAUGGUUUGAAACUUCUGCUAAGGAUAACAUCAACAUUGAUGAAGCUGCUCGGUUUUUGGUGGAAAACAUCCUUGCCAAUCUGAAAGCCUUCCCAAAUGAAGAGAAUGACGUUGAUAAAUUGAAACUGGACCUGGAUCCCCUAAAAGCAGAAAGUAAAUCCCAGUGUUGCUAGACAUAUGUCUUCCAUCAAUACAUCAUAAGAGCAGGAUGUUUGUCUUCCUCAUGUUGGACAGCUGCUGUGGUGCUUAAUCACACAACUAUCUUGUGGGGUAUUAAGUUCUUCACAAUCCAAGGUGUUUACAUUUUUUAAAAACUCAAAUAAGACUUAAGAGUUUCACGUAUACUAUGUUCUUAUUGGUAAGCUAUUUAGUAUAGUCACAAGCUGACCUCUCUAAAAACAGGUAGGAUCUAGAUGAAAGACUUGGCUUCAAUUCAGUUCAGUUGAAAUUACUCAUUUUGAUAAGAACUAUACAUUUCCUUAUUUUUAAAAAAUAUAGGUCAAAUUUCUUUACUUCCUUGCUCUAAUAUUGCCUGUCUUCUGUUUAACACUAGGACUCUGAAACAAAAAGAUUCCCGAGCCAUAAAGUGCUUGGGAGCCAUAACUAAUUCUGAGGCAGGACUGAGCAGGGAUUCCUCAUUUAUAAUGUGCCUUAAAGUAUAUAAGAAUCUAAUGCUUGGAAUAUAAGGGUAGUUGGCUAGUGUGAAGGUACUAAGAAUAUAUUUGUGCAAUCCAUCAAAUAAAUGAGUACAACUCAUUUCUGACUGUUUUGGAAGAGACAUUCUCUAUUAUAUUUUCACAUGUUAACUAAAAUAUGAAAAAUAAGUUAUACCUUACUGUACAAGGACAGUUUUUUUCCCAAAAAAGAUUUCAUGUUGUCUGGGCUUUUAUGAAAUCAUUCUUUAACAGAAAACUAUCUUUUAAAUCAGAGAUGAUUUAAUUUGCAAAUAGUCAUUUUAAACACAGGCUAUUUUUUUAUAGAUGUAAUAUUUCGCCAAUGAACUAUUUAACACAGGGAAUUAAGAAUUGAUAAGGGGGCAUACUUUUGUGCACAAGAAUAAUUUGCAAAUGUACAAUAUACACUUGAGUCCUAAAAAUAUUCAUUAUUAUUUGUGGUAUCUAUGGAUGUUUGGAGAAAAGACUACAAAGAAAUACUUUCACCAAUUGCAAGUAAUAUUUAAAUCUGUGGGUUCAACUCUGUUUUCUGUAUAUUAUACUGAUCAAAUGUAACCUGUCACCUGCUGCAAACUGUAAAGAACUUUGGACUACAGUAACACUCUUCAGAUUUAGACUGGGUCAUAUAUGUAUUUUGUGUAUCUGAUGCUGUAUUUAAAAAUAAUGCAAGCUAUAUAAUAAAAAUACUUGGAUUUUUAUAUGAUAAGUGUCAGGUACAUUGUCACUUGUACAAAUAGAAGAAUACAAAGAACAUGUCUCAGGUUGAAAAUCUUAUAUUCUAGGCCUGUGCUAGCUUUGUGGAAAUUUAUAUAAAGUCAGCUAUAUUUUAAAUCUUGGUUUGUCAAAAUGUUCUAUGUUCCUAUAGUUUUCUACUUAAAUGCUGAAUGUUCUUCGAUAUAUUAAAGUUCAAAUUCUAAAAUG